AUGAGUACACCGGUGAAAAAUGAUUCCAUAACUGCCACUUCAUCUACUUCCUCUAGUACUCCCAGCCAACCUCCAAUGCAGAAUAAUUCUCCGUAUCCUAUGCAACCAAUACCUCAACCGCCAUCAUCUCAACAACAGCAGCAACAACAUUUGCAACAGCCAAUACCACCAAUUCCUGUCCAAAUUAUGCCACAACCUGUUCAACCACAGCAACAGCAACAGCAACAGCAGCAACAACAGCAACAGGUACCACCUCAAUAUGCUGGAAACUAUUAUCAACAACGUCCUGCUCCUGGCUAUUAUACCCCUUCUUCUUCUUUAGAUUUUUAUCAAGUUGGAGCACAACGUGGGAAUAGUGUUCUGUUUCAACCAACUCAAGGAUCUCCAUUACAACAUCAACAACAUGCUUCUGGUAAUACAACACAUUUACCUCUUCCACAACCACCACAACGUCCAUUACUGCAACAACAAGUAGGGAUACCUCAACCAGCACCAGCACCACAACUACAACUACAACCACGCCCUCAACAUCAAGCAUCACCACCACCACCAGUACAACAACCAGUACAACAACCAGUACAACAACCAGUACAACAACCAGUACAACAACCGGGUCAAGAACAGUGGAAAGAGAAUAGAAAAAGAAAUCAUUCUCUGAUGCAACAAACUACUCGAGUAGCAGCCACGUAUCCUAGGAAACGAGCUUUAACAGCUUGUGAUACUUGUCGAUUAAAGAAAAUUAAAUGUGAUAAUGUUCGUCCUCGAUGUGGUUCAUGUAUCAAAAAUGGGAAUUUAAAUUGUCAUUAUCGUACUGAUGAUCAACAAAAAGAUUAUUCUAGUUAUGAUCCUGCAUCAUUGAAUAUUUUGAGUAAAUUAGAUGUUAUUUUAAAAGAUUUAAAAGAAAUCAAAAGUGGUAAUUCGAACACUGGUACUAUAUCAACUAAUAGUACAGAUAAACCAUCACCUGAUGAUCCAUCAUCAAUGUCUUCCACAUUUUCACCUGCACCAACACAACAACAGCAACAACAGCAACAACAACAUCCACAGAGAUUAACAAAAGCUCAGGGUAAAAAAUUCACAUUUGAUAAAUGUAUUUGGGAUAUGUCAGUUUUAUCAAUAUUCAAAUGGGAUUUUUUCAAAAAUACAUUCAAUUUAUCAUCAAAAGAUAUUGAAGAUAUUGAAAGACAAUUGAAAAAUGAUUAUGAUACCGAUAAUAGUAAAAAUAUCGGUGUUAUUCGUCACAAUUCAUUAAUUGAAUCCAUUAAACAAUAUGAAAUUCUUGAAAAAUUGGUAUCCAAUAAUUUUUUAACCAUAAUGAAUUCAUUUUUCGUUAACGCUUAUACAAAAGUGCCCAUUUUAGAAAGUUAUGAAUUUUUUGACAUUUUGGAAACUUUUCAAAUUUUGUUGCAGCAUUUACCAAAUAUGUCAUUUUCAAGACUUGUUGAAUUAUAUAUUGAUGAUAAUACCAUUCCACCAGAAGUACAACAAGUGUUUUGCAUUGAUGAUGAUGAUGAUAAUAAUAAUUCACAACUGAAUGAGAAGAGGAAAUUAACUGUGGAACAAUAUAUCCGAUUAAUUAAAUCGAUCCCAUUGAUACUUAUUAUUUCUGCCUUGGGAAUUAUUAGUGUUCCGGUACAAUUGGAUAAUCUUACCAAAUAUAAGAAUUCUCAAGAGGAAGCGAAAUCAAUAUCAGUUGGUUGUUUGUCUGGUGAUAAUGUAUUUAAUGAUAUUCCGGCAGAUUUCCCACGACAAAGAAAUGUUAUUGCAUUUAUGUUAAAAGAUUAUGCCCAAUUACUUUGUAAUGUAUUUUCAUUUAUUUUAGAAAAUAAUACUAUUGAAUCAGUUCAAUAUUAUUUAUUUUUAAGUCAAUUACAUUUACAACAAAAUUCGAUAAUACUUGCUCAAAGAGCAUGUUUAACUGCUAGUCAAAAUGUCAUGUAUUUACUUGAAAAAACUGAUCUUACCAAAGUAUCUCAAUUGAAAUUAGAAGUCAUUAAUCGAUUAUAUUGGACUUGUUUAAAAUUAGAAUGUGAGUUAAAUGUUGAAUUAUCACCAUUUGUUCCCCUUUCAGGCAUUACUCAAGUGGAUCCACCAUCAACUUUUCCUAAAAUUCCUGAAUCACCAAAAAAUGAUGAAUUAAAAUCAAAAUUCAAUUAUAGUGAUAAUGCUAUUCGAUUAAGUCAAUAUUAUAAUGAUAGAUAUUCUUGGUAUUAUUUUUUAACAGAAAUUGCUGUUCGGAAAGUUGAUAAUGAAAUGUUUGAUGAAAUAUAUUCAUUAGAAAAUAAUCUUAAUCAUUUAUGGGAUAGUCAAAUUUUUGCUGAUAAAACAAUUUGGUCAUCAUUUAUUGAAUAUUUAAAUCGUUAUAAUGGAAUUAUUAAUUCUUUGACUCCAGAAAUUCGAAAUUUUGUCUUGCAUGAAGUUAAUGUUGAACAAAUAUUUCAUCGAUUGAAAAAAAAAUAUGAAAGAAAACAAUUACAAGAAAAUAAAACCAAUAAUACUGCUACUGCUACUGCUGUGAAUGCGGAUGAAAUAAUUGAUAAUUUAGAUGAUUUUUUAAUUGAUGAAGAUUUAAUAGUUCGAGCUCAAUCAGAAAAUAUCAUGUUCAUUAAAACCAGAGUGGUGGUUUCAAAAUUACUUUUAUUCCGUCCAUUAGUUUAUUUAUUUUUACAAGAUAAAAUUCCAUUCAUUGAUAUAGUUCAAGCAGUGAUUUCUGUAAUGGGUGAUUCAAUGAAUAUAAACCCAAACCCAAACACAAACACAAACACAACUUCUGGUAUAUCAUCAUCAACAUUUGCAAUUGAUAAUUUUAAUUUUAUGGAUUCUCCAAAUUCAUCAAUUGGUUCAGCAACAGGUUCAGCAACAGGUUCAAAAUCUAGAUCAAGUUCGACAAUAUUCAAUUUAAUUAAUGAUAACGAAAGCAAUGGUGAUUUAGAAAUGGAUUAUUUUAAUUUAAUCAAUGCUCCAUUAUUUUAUCAAAAACAAUUCCCUGAUGAAGAUUUUUCCAAAUUGAUUGAAUAUGAUUAUGAUUAUGAUAAUAAUGAGCAACAACAACAACAACAACCAACGACAACAAUUACUAUUAAAAAUUUAUCAUUAGUUAAACAAAGAAUAUUAAGAAUUUUCAUAUCAAAUUUAAUUUCAAUACCAAAAUUAAAUAUACCUAAAUUGGGUACUCAUAGACAUCCUGGACUGUGGUAUUAUAUAAGAAAUUUAUUUAUUGGUAAUGUUUUCCAAUAUUUAAUUUAUAAAAAAAUUCAACAAAUGAUUUAUAAAGCUACUGCUGAUGUUGAAUUACAAUCAAUAUUAAAAUCACAACUUGAACAAGCACAGAAAGAGAACAAUGAUUCUUCUUCUUCUUCUUCUUCUUCGAGUCAACAACCUAAAUCGAUGGAGGAAAUUAUUGGAUUAAUAAAUAUGGUGAUUGAUGUAAAAGGGAUAAUUGCAUCUUUAGAACAUUCUGUAAUCUUAAUGGAAUAUUGGAAAUUAGAAAUUAAAGAUUGUCAAAUUUAUCAAGAUUUUAUUAAAAAAAUAUUAAAUGAUUUACAAAAUCAUCAACAACAACAACAACAGUUUUCAACUCAAACACAAUAA